AGGACGGUGUAACAGAGGGUAAUGCGGGAUUUUAUUUUAUUUUUUGCCUCCAGUUGCUUUUGACGUGGCAGGUUUUACACCUUUGAUUUUUUUAAAAGAAAUCUUAACCAUCAACCGGCUCCUCUAUCCGGAUCCUCAUUCUACAGUCAAACAAAAAGCACCGUAUUCGGAGAGAGCGAAAACCGACCCAUCUCUGCCCUCGCCUUAAACCCUAGGUUACGUCUUCCCUAAAUUUUCCCACACUUUCACAGCAACCAGGCAGGAUCCAAGAUGGCGAAGAAGACGAAGGAGAGGAACGUAAACAUCUCGGGAAAGCCGAAGCACUCCCUGGACGCGAACCGUACGGACGGGAGCAAUGGUUCACGUACCGCUGCCACGGUUCGGCGGCUCAAGAUGUACAAAACGAGGCCCAAGCGGAACCGAUCAGGCAAGAUCCUCAAGAACGAGUUUCAGUCCAAGGAGCUUCCCAACACUCGAAUCCAACCUGACCGCCGCUGGUUCGGGAAUACCCGAGUUGUGAAUCAGAAAGAGCUUGAAUUUUUCCGUGAAGAGCUUCAAAAUCGUAUGUCUAGUAGCUAUAAUGUCAUUUUGAAGGAGAAGAAAUUGCCCUUGUCCCUCUUGAAUGAUCGCCAAAAGCAAGCCAGAGUUCAUCUUCUUGAUACUGAGCCUUUUGGGGAUGCAUUUGGACCUAAGACAAAGAGGAAGCGUCCAAAGCUCUUGGCAGCAGAUUAUGAGUCAUUGGCUAAGAAAGCUGAUGGUUCUCAGGAUACCUUUGAGCAGAAGCAUGCUACCAAUGCCUCUGCAGAAGGAGAUGAAGAAGAUGGACUUAGGGACCUGGUUCGGCAUACAAUGUUUGAGAAGGGUCAAAGUAAACGCAUAUGGGGUGAGCUCUAUAAAGUAAUAGACUCUUCGGAUGUGGUUGUCCAGGUUUUGGACGCUAGGGACCCACAAGGUACAAGAUGUUACCAUCUAGAGAGACAUUUGAAAGAGCAUUGCAAGCAUAAACACUUGAUCCUUUUGAUAAACAAGUGUGAUUUGGUUCCUGCUUGGGCAACUAAAGGGUGGCUUAGAGUGUUAUCUAAGGAAUAUCCAACUCUUGCAUUCCAUGCGAGCAUCAACAAGUCAUUUGGCAAGGGUUCUCUUCUAUCAGUAUUGAGACAAUUUGCUCGAUUAAAAAGCGACAAGCAAGCUAUAUCUGUCGGAUUUGUUGGGUAUCCUAAUGUUGGAAAGUCUUCGGUCAUCAACACACUACGUACGAAGAAUGUUUGCAAGGUUGCUCCUAUUCCAGGUGAGACUAAAGUGUGGCAGUACAUAACUCUCACAAAGAGGAUCUUCUUGAUUGACUGCCCCGGAGUUGUUUACCAGAACAAUGACUCCGAAACAGAUAUUGUAUUGAAGGGUGUGGUACGUGUCACAAACUUGCAGGAUGCUUCAGAACACAUUGGAGAAGUUUUGAAACGUGUGAAGAAGCAGCACUUGGAAAGAGCAUAUAAGAUAAAGGACUGGGAGGAUGAAAAUGACUUUUUGGUUCAGCUAUGCAAAUUGACAGGCAAGCUUUUGAAGGGUGGAGAACCUGACUUGAUGACGGCGGGAAAGAUGAUCCUUCACGACUGGCAGAGGGGUAAGAUACCCUUUUUUGUGCCCCCUCCACGACAAGAAGUUGAAUCCUUGGAGGAACCCAAUGUUUUUGGCGCUGACAAAGAUGAAGGUGUGGAGAGCAGUCAAGCAUCUGCUGCUUUUAAAGCCAUUGCAAGUGUUAUUUCAUCCCAGCAACAAAAAUCUGUCCCUGUUCAAAGGGAUCUCUUCAGUGAGAAAGAGUUAGAGGGUGAUACAGAUGCGCAGCUCCCAGCUGCCGAGAGUAAUAUGCCUGAGCUUCUUCCUCCAACUGAGGACGACCAACUUCCUGCUAGUGAGCCGUAAUUUAUACCGGGGAGCAAGAGUCACUUUUUGUAGUCUGGGAAGUUUUGAAUGUCUAGUUCUUUUUUGUUAGUGCCUGCCAGAUUUGUUUUGAUUAUACUAUUUAAUUAUAUUCUAUCACAAGGUUUUUUUCUUUUUCCAAUAUCAUGUACAAGGAAUUCGAUUGACAAAUUUGAAUUUUUCACUCGA